AUGAAAUUGAUUAAACAAUUAUUUAACAAGACCAAAGUUAUACAGAAGCCAUUGGUCACAGGGAACGGUCCCUUUAUAGAAUUACCAAAGUUCAUUCCAAUUGAUGAACAAUUAUUAAAUAUUACUCUACCCAAACACUCCCUGUUAAACAUAAGAAAUGGAUCACUAUUGGCUAUAAAUGGAAAUAUAACCGACAUACAAUCUGUUCCUAGUAACUCAUACCAGAAGUUGACUUCAUCUGGGUUUAACUCGUUAGUUAUUAAUGGAAACUACUCGAUUGUUGACACAAAAGACACAUGGACUAUAUUGAAUGAGCAAGACUUGAUUGCAUACACAGGGUAUAACUUUGAUGUUACCCCCACCUCAAUAUUGUCUAAGUUUAGAAGUAUCCAAACCAAAGGCGAUGGGACUAUUGUGUUGAAUGGUAAUUUGUUUAAUAUUGAAUUGGCAGCCAAUGAAGAAAUACUCGUGAAUCCAAAUGCAUUAAUAGCUACUACUUCAACAGUAAACUUUCAAGUUUUGAACAAGGCCAAAUAUAGUAAAUUAGAUUGGGCACUUCCUACGCAAAGCAUAUUUGGCUCGUUAACUUCCCCAAUAACUUCAUUGCUUGACAAGAUUACUCAGUAUAACAAAGACAUAGUUAGCAAGAUAACACAGAAUAAUUCUUAUCGCAACCUUCUUGAUUAUACGGGGCCAGCCAAGACUAGGUUAAAGAAUCUAGUUGAUUGGAUAGUCUUAUAUGCUACUACUAUUUUCAAAAGAAAACCAAUUUAUAUUAAAAUCAAAGGUCCUACAAAAUUGUUGAUUAACAAUGAAACCGUGGUAUCAAAUACAAAGGUAUUCACCCGAAAAGAAAUAAAGACUAUUUACAGCAGACACUAA